AACUGCUUUCAGUUUUCACCAACAGUCAAAGCUACUUCUCUGUUUCAUUUUAUUUCUCUCAUUUUCAAACUCGAGGGGUUUUAUUUCUUUCUUUCUCUCUUUUAGCUGAAGUUCUUCGACUCGGAAACUCAGUAAUGGCUAUUCUGACUCUGAGUCAUUUCGUACGAGUUCCGAUUCUUGUGAUGUUGUCUCCACGGUUGAAUCCUCCCUUGCUGCCUGUUGCAAAUAAGUUGUUCUCCUAGUGUUGCUUUUAUGUCUUUGGAGGUGUUAAUGCUCAUUUGAAACUGUGAUCUCGGCGUUGGUUUGUUGGAAGUUCCCCAGAUCUGAGUUGUCCCCGGUUAAAAUCAACGGCGUUGGUGAUGUCGGUUCUUGCUCUCUUAAAUCCCAGGGGAGCGUUGGGAAAUGUCUGUUCAUUUUUGGUGAAACUUGUUGUUCUGUGUUGUGCAAUUUCCAUCACCAAUGCUGAUUUUUCCGGAAAUCUUCAAGUGCCAGCACAAUCUCCCACCACAGCAGCUGAGGGUGUACCAGCUGUUUCUGAUCUUCCCUCACCUUCCAAUCUGCCAUUGGUUCAUAGACCAAGCCGAAGACAUUUUGCCCCUCGCAGUGCACCAACACUUGUAGCACCAGCCCAAUCUCCUCUUCAUGGUCCAUUGAUAACUGCUGGUCACCCUCCUAUCAGUUCACGCCUGUCAAAACCAUUGAUGAAGAGGAGUGCGUUGGUGCAUCCUGGUAUGGGCUUGCCAAAUAUUGCCCCUACACAGAUCAGUGCUGGUCCAAUUCCAGCUGGUUUAGCUCAACCACCAUUGUCUCCUGAAGUGUCCAAUUGUUGCAAACCAGACUCAAUUUUGAAACCUGGGACUCAUGGUUGUCAUUGUGUGUAUCCCAUAAAGCUUGACCUUCUCCUUUUAAAUGUUUCCCAAAACCCUGAUCGUAAUGCUUUUCUAGUGGAGUUAACUUCUCAGCUUGAUUUGCUGCCUAACCAAAUCGAGAUUAUCAAUUUUUAUGUGCUCAGUUUAUCAAGAUUAAAUAUCUCUAUGGAUAUUAUUCCGCACACAGGGAUCAGUUUCUCUGCCAGUGAUGCAUCUAAGAUAAACUCUUCACUUGUGAUGCAUAGGGUUCAUUUUGACCCAAAUGUAGUUCGGGAUUACCAAAUCCUUAAUUUUACCUGGUUUGAGCCUCCAGCGCCUUCCCCAGCUCCCAUCGUGGUUUCUAGACCUAGAGCUGCACCGGCACAUCUAUCCUCCAAUUCUACAUUACUUGGCUCUUCAAACAAGGGGAACCAUUCAAAUUUGAUUCUUAUUUUUGGUAUUUCUGCUGGCAUACUGGUUUUUGCUAUAAUAUCAGUGCUUAUAAUUUGUUCGUGCACAUUCCAUAAGGGAAAGACAGAAGCAUUUCCCAAGGAAUCUGUAAAGUCAAGGACAACAGAUGUAGUUGAGCGAGCAGGAUCUUUUCCCCACCCAAGCAGUACAAGGUUUCUACAGUAUGAAGAACUCAAAGAAGCGACAAACAACUUUGCUUCCGCGAGCAUACUGGGGGAAGGGGGGUUCGGCAGGGUUUUCAAGGGUGUUUUAAGUGAUGGUACUUCUGUAGCAAUUAAAAGGCUUACCAAUGGAGGACCACAAGGAGAUAAAGAGUUUUUGGUUGAAGUUGAAAUGCUUAGCAGGUUGCAUCAUCGUAAUCUUGUGAAACUUGUAGGUUACUAUAGUAGUCGCGACUCUUCACAAAACCUACUUUGUUAUGAGCUUGUUCCAAAUGGAAGCUUAGAAUCAUGGCUCCAUGGCCCCUUGGGAGUAAAUUGUCCUUUGGACUGGGACACCAGAAUGAAGAUUGCACUUGAUGCGGCAAGAGGGCUUGCAUACCUGCAUGAGGACUCACAACCAUGUGUUAUCCACAGAGAUUUCAAAGCAUCCAAUAUAUUACUUGAGAAUAACUUUCAUGCUAAAGUAGCUGAUUUUGGACUUGCAAAACAAGCACCUGAAGGCAGAACAAAUUACCUGUCUACUCGUGUAAUGGGCACAUUUGGGUAUGUAGCUCCUGAAUAUGCAAUGACUGGACAUCUACUCGUAAAAAGUGAUGUUUACAGCUAUGGAGUUGUACUGCUUGAGUUACUCACAGGAAGGAAACCUGUAGAUAUGUCACAACCAUCAGGACAGGAAAACCUUGUCACUUGGGCGAGGCCAAUCCUAAGAGACAAGGAUCGGCUGGAAGAGCUUUCCGAUCCAGGGCUCGGAGGGAAGUACCCGAAAGAAGAUUUCAUACGAGUUUGCACAAUUGCUGCUGCUUGUGUUGCUCCUGAGGCGAGUCAAAGGCCCACAAUGGGUGAAGUAGUACAGUCGUUAAAAAUGGUGCAGCAUAUUGCAGAAUAUCAGGAUUCCAUGUUGACUGUUUCCAAUAACCGGCCCAACCAGAGGCAAUCUUCAACUACCUUUGAGUCUGAUGAGAUGUCUUCAAUGUUCUCUUCUGGUCCUUGCUCUGGUCUAAGUGCUUUUGACAAGGACAUUUCACAGACAGCGGUUUCCUCAGAAGAUCUGCAUGAAGGACGAUAAACGAUUCUCAAGGUUGAGCAAGCGAAGCGGAAUCAAUCCUUCGUACCGAAGCUUGGAACUGAAUACAACAAUGUGAAAUUUACUUAGUAGGAAAUGAUAAAAUUGGAAAUAGGAUUUUUAGAAAUGUAAUUUGCAUGGGAUGGAGAAUGGGUAAAUUCUUCCUAAUUGUGCCACUUUUUAAGUUUUCCCCAAGCAUGCAGUGCUCGAUGAAAUUUUGUACAUAUGUUUCUUAGCUUUCUUUCUUAUUUUUAUAUUGAACUUUUUGUUUAAACUUCAAAAUAGUCACUUUUGUUUA